AUGGUUAACAUUGGAAUAAUAGGAGUAGGUUUAGUUGGUUCUGAACUUAUUUCUCAGCUAGCAACUUAUGCUAGCUCUGUUCCAAGAAUUUCUGUUAUUGCACUUACGAACUCUUCUAAGCAACUUUUAAGUACACCAAAUUACUCACCACUUGAACUUUCCACUUGGAAACAAACCUUACAAACUCAAGGAAAUACAGCAAACCUUUCAGUGUUUAUUGACUAUGUGUCCAAUAGCCCAACACCGGCAAUAAUCAUAGAUAAUACAUCAAGCCAAGAAAUAGCUUCUCAAUAUCCUUUAUUCUUAGAAAAAGGUCUACAUGUUGUAACACCCAAUAAAAAGGCUUUUAGUAGCGAAGCAACAUUAUAUAAAGAAAUCAUAGAAGAAGCAAAAAAGAAUAAGAAGCUCGUUUUUAAUGAGAGUACAGUUGGUGCUGGUUUACCAAUUAUUAGUACAUUGAAAGAUUUGGUUCGAACUGGAGAUAAAAUUAAUAGGAUUGAAGGUAUAUUCUCGGGAACAUUAAGUUAUAUUUUUAAUGAAUUCUCAAAAUCAGGUGAUGAUAAUGGGCAAAAGUUUUCUGAAAUUGUUACUGUUGCGAAAAAUAAUGGCUACACGGAACCUGAUCCACGUGACGAUUUGAAUGGGUUAGAUGUUGCUCGUAAAGUCGUAAUUCUUGGUAGAAUUGCUGGGAUGAACCUAUCUCUUGAUACAUUACCUGUAGAAAAUAUUGUACCUGAACCUUUACCAAAAAAUAACAACCAGGUUUUGAGAUAUGUUGGUGUGAUAGAUCCUGUUUGUGGUGAAAGCGGUGUUAAGUUGGUUAGUUUACCGUUAUCACAUCCAUUUGCGACACUUAAAGGUAGUGAUAAUAUGAUUGCAUUCACUACCCAGAGGUUUCCCAAUCCUUUAAUUAUUCAAGGAGCUGGAGCCGGAGCAGCUGUUACGGCCUUUGGAAUAUUUUCUGAUAUUUUAAAAAUUGCUGAUAGAUUUGAACCUUAA